AUGGCUCAGCCUACACCAGAAGGGGGACAAUCAAAGACUCCUGCUGAAGUUUUUGCUCAUGUUUUGCCAUCAAGUAAAUUUCUUCGAAAUGUUGGCCUUGACACAGCAGUCCCCAAGAGAAGCGCUACUGCUGCUGCACGUGUACAAGAGCUGGAGGUUGAAGUUGUGGCUGAGAAGUAA